CACACCAUACAUACCGAUUACUCUCACAUAUCCACCGAGAACCGAAGUCGCCCUACCUUGCGAUCGCACGACCGUGCAUUUACGAGUUACGAGUCGGUUUGAUUUUCAGCGAGCGGGGAAAAAUAGGGAAAAUUAAUCAUAUACAAUGGCGUCUGCAACUUUCAGGGAGUCGAUGAAUUCUUUAGGGUGGUCGCGUCGAGACCGGGACCGGGACUACACAGCCAAUACGUCACAGCGGUCCGGAUUAUUGUCCUCCAUAAAGUCUAUGAAUCCAUUUGGGGAUCGCGGAUAUGUACAACUUCCUACUACCGAGAGCGCCGGCGCUCCUUUACCGGCCAGCAAUCGCCGCGACGAGGAAGAAGGCUGGUUUGUCUUGAGUCGAUGGGACCGAAUGUUAAUAUUCGGUGCUUGUAAUCUGGGUGCCCUUGCCUGCUUCGUUCUUUGCUUUGCGCUGUGGCCAAUCCUCAUGACCAAGCCUCGCAAGUUUGUCAUUUUGUGGUCUUUCGGCUCGAUACUAUUCCUCUCUUCCUUCGCGGCUAUAAUGGGACCAGUAAUAUAUGCACAACAUCUGAUAUCAGGACCGCGACUACCUUUCACAGCAGCCUACUUCGGCUCUAUUGCAUUGACUAUAUACUUCUCCGUCGGGCUUCACAACACCAUUCUCACUUUGCUUUCUGCUAUCAUUCAGAUCGCAUGCCUCCUCUGGUAUCUCGUCAGCUAUUUCCCAAUGGGUUCAAGUGGUCUUCGUCUCGCCACUAGCUUUGGUGCGCGAAGGGCUGCCUCUUGGAUGGCUGGAUAAGCUGCGUCUAUUGUAUACUAUCAUACUUCUGCCGUGUCUCGAUUAGACGUAUGUUGACCUAACUCAUAGGUUAUGAUGACUCAAAACCGCUACGGUAAAAUAUGACGAAAAUGUCUCCGCGAUCAAUCAGGAGAGCAAAGAUAAACAAACAGUAUUCAGGAUUUGCUCUCUAAUAUUGAUAUAUGCCUUAAUGAAUCGAACUUUAGAAUACCCAAAACUUGGCUAGGGUUAGCCGCUGGGGCUGAACAUAUACAGGGGGUUUGUUGCUGUAAGAUAUUGUGUCACAGAUGGAUGCUCCUAUUUUACAUGCCGCUGUAUUUUACCAAGCAUGUUUGAGGUGCUUGGGGUCGGUUACUGAAGCUUGGUUCUGUGCCU